AUGGACAACGAGGAUCUUAUUGAUUACGAGGAGGAAGUGACUGUGGCUCCCUCCACCGGCACCACCACCGAGACCACGACCACGACCACGGCCGCGGCGGGUGAAGAAAAAGACAAGAAGGGCAGCUACGUCGGUAUCCACUCGACGGGUUUCCGUGACUUUUUGCUGAAGCCCGAGCUGCUCCGUGCGAUCAGUGACCUUGGUUUCGAGCACCCCUCCGAGGUGCAGCAGGAGUGCAUUCCCCAGUCGAUUCUCGGCAUGGAUGUGCUUUGCCAGGCCAAGUCUGGUAUGGGUAAGACGGCCGUGUUUGUGCUUGCCACGCUGCAGCAGAUUGAGCCGGUCGACGGCGAGGUGUCGGUCAUUGUCAUGUGCCACACGCGUGAGCUGGCCUACCAGAUCAAGAACGAGUACGCUCGUUUCACCAAGUACAUGCCCGAGGUGCGCACCGCUGUCGUGUAUGGUGGUACGCCCAUCCGUGAGGAUCAGGCGAUGCUUGCGGACAAGACCAAGUGCCCCCACAUUAUUGUCGGCACGCCCGGUCGUAUGAACGGUCUGGUGCGCGACAAGUCGCUCAAGGGUGGUGAAGUGAAGCACUUUGUGCUGGACGAGUGUGACAAGAUGCUCGACAACCUUGAAAUGCGCCGCGAUGUGCAGGAGAUCUUCCGCGCGACGCCCCACCACAAGCAGGUGAUGAUGUUCAGUGCGACGCUCUCCAAGGAGAUCCGCCCCACCUGCAAGAAGUUCAUGCAGAACCCGCUGGAGAUCUACGUCGACGAUGAGACGAAGCUCACGCUGCACGGUCUGCAGCAGCACUACGUCCGCCUCGAGGAGUCCGCCAAGAACCGCAAGCUGAACGACCUGCUCGACUCGCUCGAGUUCAACCAGGUGAUUAUCUUUGUCAAGUCGAUCUCGCGUGCGAAUCAGCUUGACCAGCUCCUGCGCGAGUGCAACUUCCCUUCGAUCUCGAUCCACGGUGGUCUGCCCCAGGACGAGCGUAUCAAGCGGUACCAGCAGUUCAAGAACUUUGAGAAGCGUAUCCUUGUCGCGACCGACAUCUUUGGCCGUGGUAUCGAUGUGGAGCGUGUCAACGUCUCCAUCUCGUACGACACGCCGUCGGACGCGGACUCGUACCUGCACCGUGUCGGCCGUGCGGGUCGUUUCGGUACCAAGGGUCUUGCCAUCACCUUUGUGUCCAGCGAUGAGGACGCCGAGGUGCUCAAGCAGAUCCAGAGCCGCUUCGAGGUGGCCGUCCCAGAGCUCCCCGAGUCGAUCGAGGCCAGCUCGUACAUGAACGCAUAA